CCGGUCGAUUUGGUUUACACACGCGGUGGUCUCGUAUGACGACGACUGGCCAGCCGAUCGCUCGUACGUCGAUUCUUGCUAUAAAAUACCCUCGUCGCGCACUGGUCUCCGAAAUCCAAGUCCCCGAGUCCGAUCGCGUCGCGUACAAAAAACACACCCGCCGACGUCGUGCUUUUACAAACACUCGGUCCGAGUUCGCGUCACGAUCACGUCCUACAACACCUCACACGCGUGGUGUUUACCCACAUUAUAAUAAAAUAUACGCUUACGGUUCACGCACAAACUUAGACCACACUGCGUAUACUUUUUAUCUACAAACACGUAUGCAAGUUGCAAAUAUAUUUAAAUAUUACAGUUACAUAAAUCAGAAUGAUUACUUUUGGACAGCAUUUUGCCAUAUCGAUGGCUACUCAACAGCACAAAACUAAAAAUCAACAGGAACAACAACAAGAUCAUCAACAUCAACAAGAUACAUCACCAGGCGGAGUUAAUAUUCUAUUGGGAGGGGUUAUGAUGAGUAGCAUGAUAUUAUUUAUUUUAUGGAUGUGUUAUUGUUGUCGAUGGAAAGACAAUAAGUUUGAUACAACAACAUGUGAUGAACAACCACAACCUUUUUGGAUUGAUGUAAAUUCAAACACUUACUAUGAAGCACUACAAUGGUCUUUACAACAAGAGUGCUGUGAAAUACCAGAAACAUAUUAUUCACCGGAGAUAAUGCAGGAAACACCACCAAGAUAUGAAACAGUUAUCACACCACCACCUGGAUAUGAGGAUGUUAUGAGAGAAAAUUACAAAAAGAAAAAGUCUUUACUGGAUGUCACAGAAAAUAAUAAGAUGCAUACCAUUUGACCACAAUUAUUGUUUUAAGCUUAUAUAUACAUCCACAUAUAUAUUUACAUUAAAUUCUUUACACUAGGAAUUACAGGGGAGUAGAAAAUCUUAACAGAUCUGUUUAUGUUUUGUACAAUUUUAUUUUAUUGUUUUU